CUCGCAUGCCUUUCAGUAGCAGUUCCACCUCAUGGUUGGUCCAAGCAAAUAAAUCCCUGGGCUUACUUUUCGCCCUUGUUGUUCUUUCCCCAAAUUAUUAACGGCAUUUGACUAACAUAAUUGAGCAUAUUUCAAUGAAAAAUAUUAAUGAAUAUGUAAUUCUUUUACUCUCAUGGUUGUUCUAAGCGUCAUUGCUCUUACCUUUCGUGAGCCUCAACCUCUUGGCCUCAUUGUUUGACAUUCCUUGAUCCGUCAUACGUUCAUGGAUCCAGAGGUAGGUGAUCAUAUCGUCAUUGGUAAAUAAUUACCAGGUCUCCUCGUCGGGGAAUCGAACCCCGGUCUUCCGCGGGCAGCCGUGAAUAGUAGGGCUUAAUUCUAUUAACUUUUACCAUUCAUUCUUUAUGGUAAGUCUUAAACUACGGCCAAAAGCUGGAUUUCGGGGGCGCUGUUUCCCCCUGUGGAUAGAGUUAAGGAGAGACUCUUUUUUUUCUUCUUCUUUUUCCUUGUUUCCUUACAGUGACAGACGUUGACGUUGACGUAGACAGAGAUAAAGUGCACAGAGUUUUUGUCAAUAUACGGUGUUUUUUCAACUGUUCUGUCGUCUUACAAGCUGUCAACUUAUCAAACGAGAUAAUGAAGAAGACAACCAACUUCUUUCCCGGAAAGACUAUGGUGUCUUUCAGGAAGGGUCCAUCAGGUCAUCUGCGGCAGGAUCCCUCUGACGAGGCCAUGCGGAUCAAAAAGAACCCUUCUCUUCAGGACAAGUCUCCCCCUCAGAGACAUGACCUUGUGAAGACCAAUGCUCUCACUGUGGUCUUUGAGCGGGGAGGGGAUGUGUCUGACCGACUGGAGGUGAUGGGGGAGUAUGUGCUGCAGUUUGGCAAGUACAAGGGUAAAUUGUUUAGGUGGCUCCUGGAAAACGAUGUUGGCUACACCAUCUACCUGAUGAAAAAGGUAGAGGAGGAGGAGAGAGAUGGGACCUUCAACCCUCAGGGACACAACAAGGACAGCCUGCUGUCAUUUCUGGACUAUGCCAGGAGCUUCCAGGAAAUUAGGGACAUCAGGGAGUAUCUAGCUUCCAGGCUGCCUGCUCCACCAGUGGCAUCAGAGGGUGAAAAUACUGUCGGCUUUGGAGCCAGGGCAAAGGACACCUGGAGGCAGAUCUGGGAGAGCAGGGCAGAUGGAUAUGCUGCCUUCAUCGUAGGAGUAAAGUGCAUCAAAAACUGUAAAAAUGUACAACCUGCAGCAGUACAUCCUCAAGCAGCAGAGGGCUGAGUCUGGGGAGUCCUGUCCACCACCUUCAGGAGUCUCCACUACAUCAGCUGCCCCUACACCGCCUACAUCUAGCAUUCUAGCGAUGGAGGAAGACGAGGAGUUGGAGAGGGGGAUGCUGAAUCUGUCUCCCUGUAAAUUUGCCACUGAACUAAGACCAGCAGCAGUCUCCAGAGCCCCGGCUGUGUCUCCACCAACAGGUUUUUCUCCAUCAGUGUAGAGGGAGGAUUCUGUUCUCAGCAGAAUCCUCAUGCUAUUACUGUUCUCCUUCAUCUAGUUUGUUAUUUUCUGACUGACUGGUCCAUGAGUUUCAACGGCAAGAGCAGCUCCUCACUCUGUUGCUACAGGGGACCUUUGGACAAGUACUCAGGGACUGUCGUGCUGCCUUCAAGGUCCUGGACCCUGGUCAUCAGGAGCACCUGCUGUGGGACUGCUGGAGGACAUCAGAGGCCACUGUGGCGAAGGCGACCUCUGGCAACCUUGCCAACAACAGUGCCUCGAGGAGCAAGUUUAACAAAGACAUUGUCAUCAAGUUAGACUUGUUUCACUGCAUGAGGCGCUUUACCAGGGAGUGUGUGUCUGAACAUCACCCUCUGUUCAGCUCCUUCUGCCAGUUCCUCUCUGCAGCAUUUGUUGUGGUGGACCAGAGGGAUCUACAUCUACAUCUAAGGCCUCCAUGCUGAAGUUGUGGAGGAUCCAACGCGUCCACAUCCUGAGAGGCUGCCUGAGCGACCCUGACGUCGGGGAGGGAAUUCUCUACAGGUAUGGUAGUACCUUGCAGCUCAACUACAACAAGGGUGCAGGAGACGCUGUACCUGUUUGGAUUCCAGUGAGAGGCACCUCUCAGCAGGAGGGCUUCCACUUUCACCAAGCCCAGUGGGUGACAGGCAACCGGGUGUCCUGUGAACUUUUCCAGGCCCAGGCAAUGACUGGAGUGGUGCGGUGGAACUUCCAGAGGCUGGUGGACCUGAAACAGCCUGGUGUGGAGCUGCCAGCUGUGUUCGACCCCCUGUUAAUUUCAGGACUGAACACAGCCUCUGUCAAGGUGACAGGCCAAGCAAAAUAUCACAGGCUGCAAAAUACAAACAGGGACACAGGGGAGAGAUUUGGACUGCAGUUUGUGUAGCCAGGUUGUCGUCCUGUUGUGUUGAACUGGGACAAGCACAAGGUACAGCCCAACAUCCCAGCUGCUGUAGCCAUGGAGACAGAGGAUCACUGCCCUGCUGCUGUGGUGGACACAGACUCUCAGGAGACCAGUGAUGAGCCAGUUGGAGCGGUGCCCAUCCUAUCUUUCCAGCAGGGCUCUGAAACCAUUUCCCAAUCCCAGCAGUCCCAGCAGUCCCAGCCACCCUUGAUACCAGCUGCGGCCAGAGCCAAAUCAGAGACUCAGUCUUUGAUGGAUACAGGGGUAGCACCGCUGCCUGUUUCCUCCUCUCCCCGGGCCGCCCGCACUGGACCAAUCAAGACGGGAGGCCUUGUUCAAGUCUUGGACCACAGCCGGUGGACAGAAGCCAUGAGAGCUGCCAUCGACGGGCUUCUGGUUAAGCACCAUGGGUCAAAAGACUUUCUGAAGCGGGUGGACGCAGACUAUGCUGCCAUGGUCCAAAGGGCGUGCACUGACCCCAACAGCCUCCUUCAUCCAACCACAUGCCAACAUAUCUCCAGAUAUGUAAAGCAUCUGACCAAAUUAAAAAACACCAGCUCCUCCCUCAAUACCAGCCCAGAGAAAGUUUUGGAGACACAGCAGGUGUGGCAGAGUUUGACUACAGGCAGUCAAACGACCAGCGUGCCUGUCAUAACUCUGCCUCCUGCUACUUUCAACCCUUCACCUGCUGCUCCACCCCAGGAGGAGUCCCUGAGCCGGGCUACAGUGGAGCGGAUUGUAGCAGAGUUAAUACAAAAACAACAACAACAUCAGCAGCAGCCGCAGCAGCAGAAAAAAAAGACCAGGAACUGUGUAGCCUGUGGUCAGCCCAAGUCCCGGUAUCUUGGCGAUGGCUCAUCAGUUCAUUUCUUUUAUCAAACACAAACAAUCAAAUACUUUUACUGCUCCACAAAGGUGUUUAAGACGUAUGCAGACGAAGGCCUCACAAACCCUCGGAUGUCUUUUGAGGACUUUGCUGCAUCUCCAUUCUUUGAGCGGGAGCUGGAGGGCGCCAGACAGAGGGUGGCUGAGUAGAGGAGGGUGGCAGAGGAGAGGGCAAAGAGGAAGUCAGAAGUGCAGCUUCCAACAGGUCGCCUGUGCAGGUUCUGUCAUCAACCCCUAAAGCAGGGCCCUGACAGCCCUCACAUACUGUACAUGACAGCUUCCCCGGGAUACCAUGGAAAUACAUCUACUGCCCCUCCAGAGUGUUCUCCCUCUACAAGGCACAGGGCAUGGGGAAGGAGAUAACCUGGGGGGAGUUCAAACUGUCGGACUUCUAUGAGAAUGAAAGGGACAGAUGGGUGGCAGAGAAAAGAAAAUGAACACUUCCACUUCAAAUAUACCCUCUCUCACACACACACAC